GUACCACGUUACCUUCCCUAUACCUAGAAUCAUGAUGAAGACUUGCGCUUUCCUCGCCGUGGCGGCGGGUGUGGCAACCGGAAGCCCAUGGGCUGGGCAGGCGUCGAAGAGCGCGGCUUUUGUGGGCGCUCCUGUGGGACGAUCAGCCCCGUGGGGUUUGGGAACGCGGUGGGCGAGCAGCACGCCGACCUCGACCAAGGCGCGACCGGGCACCAUGUCGCGAUCCGCGCGCGCUCGCCUUGAAGCCUUGAGCAUGAAGCUGGGCGAGGACGAGAAGGUGGUGCUUAUCGGUGUGGCCGCCGACUCUGGUUGCGGAAAGUCGACGUUCAUGCGCCGGCUGACUUCCAUCUUCGGGGGCGACACCGUGGGCCCCCUCGGGGGAGGCUUCGACAACGGUGGCUGGGAGACGAACUCCCUGGUUUCCGACCUCACCACCGUCCUGUGUCUGGACGACUACCACCUUAACGACCGCGGGGGGCGCAAGGUGUCGGGCAGGACCGCUCUCCACACCGAGGAGCAGAAGUUCGACCUCAUGUACGAGCAGCUCAACGACCUCAAGAACGGCAAGAGCGUCAUGAAGCCCAUCUACAACCACGUGAACGGGACCCUGGACACCCCGGAGGAGAUCAAGCCCACCCCCAUCGUGAUCAUCGAGGGCCUCCACCCCUUCGUCGACAAGCGCGUGCGCGACCUGCUCGACUUCACCAUCUACCUGGACAUCUCCGACGAGAUCAAGUUCGCGUGGAAGAUCCAGCGUGACAUGAUGGAGCGCGGACACUCCCUGGAGUCCAUCCAGGCUUCCAUCGAGGCCCGUAAGCCCGACUUCGACGCCUUCAUCGCCCCCCAGCGGAGCGAGGCCGACGUAGUGAUCCAGGUGCUGCCUACCCAGCUCAUCCCCGGAGACACCGAGGGCAAGAUCCUCCGCACUCGCAUGGUGCAGAAGGAGGGCCUCGACUUCUUCGACCCCGCCUUCCUGUUCGACGAGGGCUCCACCAUCUCCUGGGUGCCCUGCGGCCGCAAGCUGACGUGCUCCUUCCCGGGCAUCAAGUUCGCCUACGGCCCGGACACGUACUACGACAACGAAGUGUCGGUCAUCGAGAUGGACGGGCAGUUCGACAACCUUCAGGAACUCAUCUACGUCGAGUCGCACCUGUCCAACAUCGGCACCAAGUUCUACGGAGAGCUGACCCAGAACAUCCUCAAGCAGGCAGACUCGCCCGGCUCCAACAACGGCACCGGCUUCUUGCAGACCCUGGUGGCUCUUAAGCUUAGGGAGGUGUACGAGAGGAUCACCAAGAAGACGGUCAGCGUCAAGCUCCCCGAGAGCGUCGCUCAGUAACCGUUCUAGUCUUUCGUUGAAAACGUCAAGCCAUCGUGAGUGUAGUGAGUCGAGUUGAUUGCAUAGUCCACUCAAGACUGGCGCGAUGCAGGUUGUGCUGUUCGUAGGAAGGGGAAAACGAGCAUCGGGGGGGGGGGGGGGAUAGCCCCGUGGUUUGCGUUUACGUUAUUGUUCCGCUCGAUACCUACCCUUGUUUUGAGCUGUCGUGAAUGUAUUGGUUUCCUUCUUGGGCAGCAGAGAAGACGAUGAUUAUUAAAGUCUCGGCAUACCAAGCUUUUCCGCCGGGCUACCCUUGCUGAACUGCGUACGUUUUGGGCGAGUUCAAGCAAAAGAAUGCUUCCAAGUCCCAACUCUCCUAUAGAACAAAAGAAACCCGUGCGUUCUCGUUCUUGUUCUUAAGUUUGAGGGGUAGUUAACAAAUACCUCGGCCCGCCACUAACGUGGAGUUGGGUGCGUCCUUUGUUUAGGGAUGCCUGCAUUGUACAAGGCAUGGACGUUAUAGACACAGCACGAAAAUAUAGUUUAGAAGAGGAAAACGGGGGACGGGGGCGGGGCAGCGAGAACUUCUUCCCCCCCUCACUCCCGUCAACCUCGUCGGGCACUCGUACACGGACUUGUGUGAAGUGAUUUUCCCUGUGCCUUGUUUGGGUGACAGCAGUACCACUUUCGCGUUUCCCCUUCAGAGGGCGUUAAGUCUUCGUAUUCUGGUGUUGAAACAGAGACCGAACGAGUUGUUUCUUUGCUGCCGCUCUCUCCAUUUUUCGUUUAACAUUUGUAGAUGAAGAAUUUGUUGGUUUUACAAUCGGUCGGCACAUCGGGAGAAGAGGCAAAUGACGGUCUUGCAUACUCUGGUACAUGCCAGAAGGAAGUGAGAUUGUCCUUUUCUUGUAGAAUGAAAGGAGAGGGGCUGAGGGAUGGCGAAAGACUGACGGGGAAAAGCGAUCAGGUUCAUGAUACGAAACGUGAGACCUCGCCAAGUGCGGUACAGCUGGUUUCGUUGCCACCUGACCCUUCCUGGGGGCGUACAUAUUGGCAUGCAAGACAAUUGAAGGCUGCAGCUCGAUAUUCUCUCAUACGUUGUAUUGUAACCCUAGUCCGCUCACGUUUAGCGUGGACCUGAACCACGAUGUCACUCCGCCAUAAAUGCAAUGCGAAGUAACACCUC